AUGGAAGAUAUUGAGCAGCUGAGUUUGCAAGAUAUGGCCAUAAUCUUCCGCAAUGCUUCAGAAGUGAAUCUCAGGCGGGGCGACAAGCCUACUAGUAGUCUCCUAUCAUCGGCAUCAGAAGCAGCCAAGAGAGUGCUUGCAUCUAUGGACUUGGCAGUAACUGCAUCCAGAGGGCAGUGUACCGGGACGGAGUAUGAUCUAGUUGAAGACAGCACACCGGAAGCGCUCUACGUUUUGGCUGCUACAAGAAUCUUUGCUGAGUGGCGUAGUAUUCGCCUUGUCCCAGCAGGCUACAAGCGCUACUCCAUGGGAGUGGCCAUGGGAAGACGGGAUAUCAUCCAGAAUAUAGGAAAGGUGGAACAAUCAGUCCAUAGCUUGAUUGCUUCUUUGCACACUGGGGAAGAAGGGGAUGAUGAAAGUGAGGCUGACGACAACGGUAUCCUGGAUAGAGACGAGCAGGAAGUUGAAAAGCCAUCACUUCGCCAAGUGUUGCAGCAUGAGGUUGAUUCUGGCCUCCAUCCCAGGCUUCCCCGUCUGGCAGAUUCAUCAGGUGCCAUAGGGUUGCUUUGGUUGAAACGACAGUUGGACUAUCAAACUGCCAUGAUGGAAAAGUCGCUUCAGGUCCCUAGUCGUCGCUAUCGAACCACAAAGGAUGCUGUGACUGAUGCCUACCAGGAAGUCUAUGGCGCUUAUCAUGGUUGGACAACACAACAACUCUUUCGUCAGUCCUUCAAUGGUUCACCGGAGUUCGAAGAGAUCUGGGCACCAUUGGCCACGGAUCUCAGCUUGGAUGCUGCCAAAUCACCUCCGGGUUUCAUUUCGCAUGAUGUUGCUGCAACGAUGGACUCUGCCACAACAUUGCUUGAGCCAUCCGGCGAGGUUGAUCGCGACCGGCGACAGCUGAAGCAAGAAAAAGAGCCCAACAACAGCCUUGUCCUUGUUGACAACUGUUCGGGAUGGGAUAGAUUUGUUGACAACUUGGGUCGCUACAACUGCUUCAGACUGCCCAUUGGUGAUCCUAAUCCUUCGGCAUCCUGCCGAUCUCUGUUGCAAGUAUUUCCAUACAUUGAUGACUUGCGACAGUCGUCUCUGUACCCAGAGGAAGACGACGAUAAACCCUUCCUCUCCUAUACCGACCGCACCGUAAGCGACGUCUCCUCGAUCAGUACCGGUACGGAGAGCUUAUCCCCAAUGGAGGAGAGCGUUGAAUCUUCACGCCAACUUUUGGAACAGCAUAUACAAAUGCUUUGCAAAGAGCUGCGGAAAACUCUCACUGUGGUGGAUGAAUUGCUCGACGAAUUCAACAUGCAUGAUCCCAAGAAAGUCUAA